UACACACAAUAAGACCUCGAGCAUUAGCAUGAUGUUGGUAUGUUGUCGAGGGUCACAAGUCUGAGAGGAGCCUAAUUGAAACCAUCACAAAAGAUAGAAGACAUAAUUGUAGUUUUCCCUUUUUAAGUUUCUUUUCUUCCUUCCUAGCAUCCUCACUUAAAAAACCAAAUAUAAAAAGGAACCGACAUUCGGAUACCUAUCCGAAUAUGUCCUUGUCUCCCAAUAUCUCUCUUCUGUCUUGAGAAAGAUCUCCAUACAAUCUCCACACCCAUAAUUUCCCUCUUCGCCUUCUCCGUUAACCUUAUUAUCCCUCUAGAGCUAUAUGUGUGUGCACAUGUAAAUAUACAGAAGGCGAUGGUAAGGUCAUCAGGGAAGCAAAAAUCAACAAAACUGGUGAUACUUUGUGUGGUUUUAUUAGGGUUUGGCCUGAUUGCUGAUUAUCUGUGGGCUUCUUCUCCACAUUUCGCUUCUUCUUCUUAUUUAUCCAAUUGGGUUCCUGCUGAUAAUUCUCAAUCCAAUCUAAUUAUUCCAAAACAAGAACCGCAUCAUGUUGACCCUAAAGCCCCAAAAAUAAAGGUAGAUGGUGUCCAUGAUCGAUUCUUAUCGGCUACAUUUGCUGAUUUGCCUGCACCGGAACUGAAAUGGGAGAAAAUGGCUAGUGCACCUGUGCCUCGGCUAGAUGGGGCUGCGAUACAGAUUAAGGAUCUUCUAUACGUUUUUGCUGGAUAUGGAACGAUUGAUCUUGUGCACUCACAUGUUGAUAUUUACAAUUUCACGGAUAAUACAUGGGGACGGAGAUUUGAUAUGCCUAAAGAAAUGGCUCAUUCACAUUUGGGAAUGGUCACAGAUGGGAGAUACAUUUAUGUUGUCACUGGACAAUAUGGUCCACAAUGCAGAGGACCUACAGCUCGUAAUUUUGUGCUAGAUACCAAGACAAAGCAAUGGCAGGACUUACCACCUUUACCAGUUCCUAGAUAUGCACCAGCAACUCAACUUUGGAGAGGUAGACUCCAUGUGAUGGGAGGCAGCAAGGAAAAUCGGCACACUCCAGCAUUAGAGCAUUGGAGUCUUGCUGUAAAGGAUGGGAAAGCAUUGGAAAAGGAAUGGAGGCCUGAAAUACCCAUUCCUCGUGGAGGACCUCAUCGCGCUUGUGUCGUGGUUAGUGAUCGACUGCUCAUUAUCGGUGGUCAGGAAGGUGAUUUUAUGGCCAAGCCUGGAUCACCUAUUUUCAAAUGCUCUCGUAGGAAUGAGAUAGUAUAUGAUGAGGUCCACAUGCUGGAUGAUGAGAUGAAGUGGAAACCUUUACCUCCUAUGCCGAAGCCUGAUUCUCAUAUUGAAUUUGCUUGGGCUAUUGUUAAUAAUUCCAUUGUUAUUGCUGGAGGCACUACAGAAAAACACCCUACAACUAAAAAGAUGGUCCUGGUUGGUGAAAUUUUCCGGUUCAACCUUGACACACUGACAUGGUCAGUAAUUGGAAAACUUCCAUAUCGUGUCAAAACUACUCUGGUUGGAUUCUGGAAUGGAUGGUUUUACCUCACAUCAGGACAGCGAGAUAGAGGACCAGAUGAUCCAGCACCGAAAAAAGUCAUUGCAGAUAUGUGGAGAACCAAACUGAGAUUGAACUCGUGACCGGGAUAUCUGUUUCUUCUUUGCUAGGAUAGCCAUUCCCAUCAAGUCUAAUAUUUAUCUGUAGCAUUCUUUUACCCCAUUUUUUUGUGUUUUGUUUAAGUCAACAUUUUUUCUGUUCCCUAGUGUAAGUAAAGGAAUGAGGGGAGUAUCAAUUCUUCCCAAUGUGCUGUAUCACCUUGAGACUAUACUUUACUGUAACACAUUAGAUUUUAUACCCUGGAAAAACAAUAAAAAUGUGUGCUCUCAACAAUUCU